GUACCCAGAAUAAACAACGAUUACGAAUCUCAGUCUUACUUGAACACUCGCAGUGAAACGACGACUAGUUCCGCUCAAAAAAAAUCCAAUUCAACAAAAAGAUCCACGUUGCAAGUAUGAAGUGCCAGGCUUUGUUGGUCCUUUUGGCCCUUUUGAUCACCCUCUUGGCGGGAUCCUCGGAGGGCAGCUUCUGUCCCUGCGACCUCAAGACGAAGGGAACGGAGGUGUGCGGCUCCAAUGGCGUAACCUACAAAAACCGCUGCGAGUUCGAGUGCACCCAGCGGGAUUAUAAGAAACUUGGACGUACCCUUAACAUCCAGAAAGAUGGAUCUUGCAAUUAGCCUAUAUAUUACAAAACUCGAAUGCAGGCUUUCCGUUUCACAUAAGUGCUGUGAGAUAAUGUUAUACUCUCUUAAUUCACCUUAACAAAUUUUAUAAUAAACAAAUUCUGUUAUCAGCUAUGUAUAUUAUAGCUAAGAUACUCAAAAUAAAUAUAA